AUGCCUACUCUUGCUAUCGCUGGUGGCACCUCAACCGGCCUCGGUCGAGCCAUCGUCACUGCUCUCCUAUCCUCUCAACGCCACUCAUUGUGGAACGCAGUCAUACUCUCUCGAUCCGAAAAAGUACCUCUCUGGCUCCGCGCCAUCGACAAACACGGCACACGUACACAGGUUCGCGCCGUCAAUUAUCUCUCCACCGACUCUUUGGCCGAAGCCUUAAAAGGCGUUCACACAGUUGCCUCAGUCACCUCAGCGAUCGACGGAACUCAAGCACAGAUACAAAAGAACCUCCUCCACGCCGCUGUCAGGGAGGGCUGUAAGCGAUUUGCACCGGCGCAGUGGGGUUUUGGUCCGAAGGGGGAGGAAAACAUUCACACCACCAAACCGUUUUUCGAUGGCGUUUGGGACGAAUGCUUGAAGUUUAAGAACGAGAUUGAAUGUGCAAAGUUUAACCCAGGAUCUUACACUAACUAUAUCGGUCAUGGAAUCUACCCAUGCCCUUUAAAAGUGGCCGAUGACAGAUCUCUUCAGCUGAUGUCGGCAGGAAAUGGGUACAUGGCUGGUGAGGACGAGGCGUGUCAGGGCUUGUUGAGACAGGGUGAUUUGGCAGAUGGCUCAGGCGCCUUCCUGGUGGGACUUCGCAACGGCAUCGCAGAGCUUCCUGUCAAAGAUGAUGGCUCUUGGCCCCGGGUCACCAUGACAACGAUGAGAGACGUGGGCAGAUUCUUUGUGGCAUCUCUCGAGUUGCCAAACUGGGAGGAAUCCAUGAGCAUGGUUGGUGAGACCCUCACCAUGGGCGAACUUCUCGCACACGCAGAAGCUGUUACCGGAAAGAGGUUUUUAGUGAACCGACUCACGCGGGUUUAUCUCGAGAAGAGGCUGUCAGAAAUUCCGCCCGAUGAUUACAUGGCGCAGAUGUGGACAGAGUUUAGACUGGCCUACACCCGCGAUCUCGACGACGAGAUGGUCUUGAAACCCGUGGUCAAUGAGCUUUGUCCUGAAGUGAGACCUGUUGGAGUCCGCGAGUACAUGGAAAAGUACUGGGUUGGAGAGUAG